AUGGAGCACAAGGUGGCCUGUGUCCUCGCCAUGGUCCUCAUGCUGGCCCUCAGCAGCCUCGCCCAGGACCAGGCAGAAACAUGUACCAUGACUCCCGGAGAAAGGAUAAAUUGUGGCUUCUCUGGCAUCACCCCCCAGCAGUGCAAGGAAAGAGGUUGCUGUUUCGAUAACACUAUCCGGGGGUUUCCAUGGUGCUUCCAACCUCUACCCAUCGAAAGCCCUCCAGAAGAGCCCAUCCAAGAGAGCUGGUUGCGUCCAGACUUGGCAUCACCACCCGCACCUGGGCACCUGAGCCACCCGGCCCACUACUGCAUAUACACCUGUUCUGUGGCUGAAUCUGGCCUGGUGACACAGUUCAACCUCUCUGACUUUUAG